UGCUUAAUAACAGCCGUACGAAUCGCAUUUUUGCAAAUCUUGAAAAUGUUGAAGAUAGUCAAGGCAAUUAUACUAAAGAUAAUUCGGAAAAUUCUUUUAAAGAUGCACAAAACAUAAUGUAUGAUAAAUGUAAUACAGUAAAUACUACGGAAACGACACCAACAACAAAGUGGGUGAUUGAACAUUUUGCCAAGGAAAAUUUAGAAAAUUGUCCUGUUGGUAAGUUCUUAUUUAGAUCGAAAAAAUACGGAUUUUUUGUAUAAGUAUUAUUAUUUUAGAUAUUAUUAAUAAUGCAGACCCAUCUGAAAAAAUCUUAAGCAACCCUAUUAUGACAAAUGAUGACACAUGUGGUAGUGGAAAUAAUAAUUUUUUGGAAACUCAAUUACCUAAAAAAGCUAUGGAUAAAGGUACUUCAUCUUCAAGCAGUGACUCAUCUUCAAGCAGUAACUCAUCAUCAAGCAGUAAGUCAUCAUCUAGCAGUAACACAUCUUCUGAUACAGACAACAGUUCACAACAUUCUAAAACCGAUACCGAUCCUUAUGGAUCAGAUGACAGCAUCGCAGAUCCUCCUUUUAAUCCACCUGUCAUUAAAAGGCAAGUUAAAAUAACAACAGGUAAUGCAAUUAAAAAAAGAAAGUUAAAGAUCCGUCAAACAAUGAAAAGGUGGGUAGGAAGAAACUUCGGCAGCCUGCAACUUGGAAACAGGCAGACACAAAGAGAUUGCGAAAUGGCGGAGAAGCCUAUUUAUCUACCAGAAUUGUUCAAAAUGCAGACGGCACAAAAACCAAAUCCAAAAUAUUGCGGCCAGCUAAAACCCUUUUACCACCCUGCGGGAAUAAAAGCAAGUUAA